UUUAUAGAGAGGCGAUGUUAGAAUGUGUCAAAGAUUGUUAAAAGCUCCACUUGUGUUGUGAGAUAAUUUAGAGACGUUCAAGAUGAUUGCGAGUUAACGAUUCAUCGGCGCAACACCGACUCGGGAAUCGCGAUCGAAGAGAUAUAGAGCGCGAAUCUGCUCGUGAUUACGCUUACUUGUACGCCGAUCUGGCUCUCUUUUCCAUCGUCACCGUCGAUUCCGCGUGGCAUCUCGUGACACACUUGCAUCGAACUAUUGCUGUAAAUCUUACCGAUUGCACCAAACUAUGAUCUAGAAACGCGGAUGAGUCCCGGGAUAUAUAAAGAGCGAAGCGGACCCCAUGUUUGUCAUUCCCUCGAGACUAUCCUGUGCUGGAAGGGUAGAAAAGCGAGAGCAGGGAGAACGACUCUCCCUUGGAGGGAUAAAGUAACAAAAAUUUGUUUUCUUUGCCGCUGGAAAGCACCGAGUAUCUUCAAUAUGUUUAAGAUCGGUAUAAUAACGUUUAUCACGCUGGCGAUGACGCGUUCGGAACCUCCGGUCAAUUCGUAUUUACCUUCACGAACAGGAAUCUCUGGUGCGAAUGAUGGUCAAGCCGAUCUGUCCACCCAAUAUGGCACGCCGGAUUUUGGUAACGGGGGUAAUGCUAAUAGAAACGGUGGCGCAACAAGUUUCAGCGGACCCGGUGGUAAUGGCGCAGGUAAUGGUCCGUCGAAACUUUACGAUGCACCCAUCGGAGGAAAUGCCCGCGUAAAUGGUCUAGGUCAAUCUCGAAGAAAUGGAUUUGGGAAUGGACAAUCCUCUUCUUAUAGUGCUUCAAGUUUUGGAGAUUUUAGUGAAACCGGCGGUAAUGUACGACCGUCGAGUAGCUAUGGGGUUCCUAUUGCAAAUGGAAACAACGGAGAUGGUUUUCGAAACGGCGACAAUGGAGACAAGCCAUCGAUUAAUUAUGGUGUACCUGGUAUAAAUGGAAAUAACGGAGAUAGAAAUCGGGGAAAUGGGGAAAGACCAUCGACUAAUUAUGGUGCUCCUGGCGCAAAUGGAAACCAUGGAGGUGGUUCUAGUGGAAACAAUAAUAAUGGAAGGCCUUCUACUAGUUAUGGAGUACCUGCAAAUGGAAAUACGAACGGCAAAAAUCAUUUCAAUGGGGGAAGUAAUGGAAAUGGUGGAAAACUGUCGAGUAAUUAUGAAUCUCCGAAUGUACCUAAAAUAAACGGAUUCGGUACCAAUGGAGGCUUAUCAAGCAGUUAUGGUCCACCUGAUAGAAAUGGACAUGGAAACAAUGGUUAUCCAUCUGAAAGCCCAACUAGAAAUGGAGAAGGUUUCAGAAAUGGUGGUGCUAAUGGCUAUCCAUCUGGAGGAGGCACAAAUGGACAUGUAGGCAACUUUGAAAACGGCGGUGGAAGUUUUAAAAAUGAAGGAAGAGGAAACGGAGGUUACAACGACAAUGCACAAGAAGAGAGCACUGAGCCAGCAAAAUAUGAAUUUUCGUACGAAGUAAAGGAUGAGCAAUCUGGCAGCAAUUACGGUCAUAAGGAAACUAGAAACGGUGAUCACGCUCAAGGAGAGUUCAACGUUUUACUUCCAGAUGGUAGAAAACAGAUUGUCGAGUAUGAGGCUGAUCAGGAUGGAUUUAAACCGCAAAUUAGAUAUGAAGGCGAAGCAAAUACGGGUGGAGGAUAUAGCUCUGGCGGACCGAAUGGUAACAACGACGGUUAUUCUUCUGGUAGACCGGAUAGCAAAAGUGGCGGCUUUGCAGAUAACUCGGGAUUUAAUGGAGGCGGUACUAAUGGAUAUCCAAACGGUAGCCCUGGCGAGGGAAAGCCCAAUGGAUUUAAUGGAGGUGGCAACGGUUAUCAAUCAGGAAAGUCAGGACAAUCCUUUAGCCGAGAUAAUGAUAAUAAUUUGAAUGGCAAUAUCGGCGGGUACUUCUCCAAUGCUCCUAGCAAUCAUAUCGGUGACAACGCGGAUAUCGGGAAUAACAGACAAAAUGGUAAUGGUGGAUAUCAAUAUUAAAGAACAUAUAAUUUAAUAGAAUUAAAGAUUCUUGUUUUAAAAAAGGAUAAAUAAGUGAAUGAAGGAAUUUGUUUCUUGUAAAAAUUUAUCUGUAUAUUUAGC